CUCAGCCAGCCCCAGUAAUAUUGACAAUAGGGUGUAAAGAGAUUGCCCCAAAUUAAACACUGUCUAAAAGAAAAAUCACCAAAAAUCCAGGGGUGUGGUGUAAACAAGUGCUUUCAUUCAGAACUAGGGAAUGUGAUUGACUCUGCUGAAUCUUUUUAUACAUCUGUAUUUUAUUAUUGAUGGGACUCGGAGGAUUAUUUCGUUAGAAGGUAAAAGGUACUCGUGGGUUUGGCUGUCUAAAAAAGGCCAAGAUAGCCUUUUCUGCUGUUAUUGGAGCGGCUACUUGCACGGCAUUGGAAACAUUUUCGUUUAAUAUCGUUUAAUACAGGAUAACUCCUUGUCACCGUCUUCGUUCCGAACCACAGAGGAUCAAGCAGGGCUAUGUCCUCGGCAGCCACCACACCUCCAUCUGUGGACAAAGUGGACGGAUUUUCACGGAAGUCUGUCAGGAAGGCCAAGCAGAAGAGGUCGCAGAGUUCCUCUCAGUUCCGGUCUCAGGGCAAACCAAUCGAGCUCACGCCCCUGCCCCUGCUCAAGGACGUGCCGGCACCGGAGCAGCCGGAGCUGUUCCUCAAGAAGCUGCAGCAGUGCUGUACUGUGUUUGACUUCAUGGACACACUGUCGGACCUGAAGAUGAAGGAGUACAAGCGCUCCACGCUCAAUGAACUGGUGGACUACGUCACCGUCAGCAGGGGCUACUUGACAGAACAGGCCUACCCAGAGGUCGUCAAAAUGGUGUCUUACAACAUAUUCCGGACCCUUCCGCCCAGUGACAGUAACGAGUUUGACCCAGAGGAGGAUGAACCCACACUCGAGGCCUCAUGGCCACACUUACAGCUGGUGUAUGAGUUCUUCAUACGAUUCUUGGAGAGUCAGGAAUUCCAGCCCAGCAUUGCCAAAAAGUACAUAGACCAGAAAUUUGUUCUACAGCUCUUGGAGCUCUUUGACAGUGAGGACCCUCGGGAGAGAGACUACCUUAAAACAGUCUUACACAGAAUCUAUGGGAAAUUCCUGGGACUGAGGGCUUUUAUACGAAAACAGAUAAAUAAUAUUUUUCUACGUUUUGUUUAUGAGACUGAGCACUUCAACGGGGUUGCUGAGUUGCUGGAGAUCUUGGGAAGCAUAAUCAACGGUUUUGCCCUGCCGCUCAAAGCAGAGCAUAAACAGUUUCUGGUCAAAGUGUUGAUACCCCUCCACACUGUCAGGAGUCUGUCCCUCUUCCAUGCACAGUUGGCGUAUUGCAUUGUACAGUUCUUAGAGAAAGACCCAGCAUUAACAGAACCAGUCAUCAGGGGCUUACUGAAGUUCUGGCCAAAAACCUGCAGUCAAAAAGAGGUGAUGUACCUGGGGGAGCUAGAGGAGAUCCUGGACGUGAUUGAGCCAACACAGUUUGUCAAGAUCCAGGAACCGCUCUUCAAACAGAUAUCCAGAUGUGUGUCCAGCCCCCACUUCCAGGUCGCAGAAAGGGCCCUGUACUACUGGAACAAUGAGUACAUCAUGAGUCUGAUCGAGGAGAACUCCAGCGUCAUCCUGCCCAUCAUGUUUGCCAGCCUCUACAGGAUCUCCAAAGAGCACUGGAACCCGGCCAUCGUGGCGUUGGUGUACAACGUCCUGAAGGCCUUCAUGGAGAUGAACAGUACCCUGUUUGAUGAACUUACAGCCACCUACAAGUCAGAUCGCCAGCGUGAGAAGAAGAAGGAGAAGGAGAGAGAGGAACUGUGGAAGAAGCUGGAGGAUCUGGAGCUGAAGAGGGGCCUUAGGAGCGACGGGAUCAUCCCAACUUAACGAAGCGCCGCGGUCCCCUCCCAACCAUGUCCACCGGAGCACCCCGCGGAUUCCAUAUGGCCAUCUGGACUGACAUGGAGCCACCCCGCGUUCUGUUUUUUCUUAUUUUUCUCCUUUUCUGUAUUGUGCGACUUACUUUACGGUAGAUUCACAUGUCUGUUUCAUUAUUUCAACAGCACUGUAAAUAACUUUUUUUUUCUUUUUCCCUUAAACUGAUAUUACUGCGAAAGAAAAAUAAUAAAAAAGGAAGAAAAAAAAUAGAAAAUGAGAAAAAGAACUUGUGGGGGGGAAAAAAAGACUUUGGACAUUAGGACUUGAAAUGAACUAUUCUUGGAAACAAAUCAACAGUGAAAGAAAAGAUAGAUUGUUUUAACUCCCAUCUCCUUUGAGAACCCCUCUCUCCCUGAAUACAAACCAAUUCUCCAAUUCUGGUUCUACUCCUUGCUCUCUCUCUCUCUCUCUCUCUCUCUCUCUCUCUCUCCCCCCCUGCCCCCCCCGUGGAGCUUCUGUACCACUCUCCAUGUGUGGAACGUCCCGAUUGAGUGAGAUACCUGUAAGGUAAUGCCCUGACCAAGAGGACACCUCUUUCCUCUUUAAGGACCACCCUUUGACCCCUCUUGUCUUGCCUCCAUGCUGAAGCUAAACUAGUAUUAUGGACCUAAGGCUCCAUUAGUAAUGAUGAAAUGAAUCAAAGCCCUUGUCCCUCAACCCCUCCUCCCAAGAGUUGAAACAUGUCAAGGGCCUGUAUGUACAGGUAAUAAAAUAAAGAAACGGGAAAGAAAGGUCUCCAUACACAUACUUACAUCCACCUCCUUGCACCAUGUUCUCACCAUCUUCUCAUGUGUGCACCUGGCUCCCCAAUGAUUGAUUGGUUCCCCUUCGGUUCAGUUCUCAUUUUGGUUUUGUGGACUUGGACCCUGCAGUACCAGGCAUCCCGGUAUCAGUCUGGCACUGAUACCCUUCAGCCACACAGAAAAUAAUACAAAUUGUAAAUUGAUUGCCAACUGUAGGAGCUACAAACGUACCUAUUGUGAAAAGAUGCGCCACUCCAAGUGUGCUCUUCACAGUAUUACAAACCUGUAUAUUGUUAUUGAAUGCAGUACACUGAUAUCUUGUAUCUUGUAGUAAUUUAGCAUAUAUUUUUGCUUAGGAACAGUCGGAGUAUCCAGUAUAUAAAGAGGUAUUAUGGAACAUGACUUCCAGGUAUUUAUGAUAGUGUUUCCCCCUUUUUCUUGUUUUUGUCCUUUAUUCGUUUUUAUCUCUCAUUUUGGAUUUUUUUGGCUGAAGUUUCUUUGAGCAUCAGAUCUUUUUUAGCUGUGGAGUCGAGGAGGGAGGGGAGGGUAAGGCAGGACCGGGAGGGUAAGGCAGGACCGGGAGGGAAGGCAUGGAGGUGUUUAUAUCCUGUUCAAAUUUACAGUACGUUCAGCAUUGGUGACCCUUUCCAGAAUUAAUGUGUGCUUUAGGAUGGCCCAGAUAUAAUAUGAUUAAAAAGAAAAAAAGGGUUGGAGAAAUACAAAUGUUUAAUUAUUUUAAAAAAAAAUAAAGAGAUAUUAAAUUAAACCUGUUUUGUGAUAAAGCCCAGAUGCUGGAUUGCUUUAUUUUCAGGCGAAGUACUGCUGUGUGUUUGUUGAAGGUGAAAGGACCAAUGUAUUUUUCAUUGUUGCUUGGCUACUCUGAAACGAUGCUGUCUCAUGACUAAUUGAUUCUGCUUGUCUCUUGGCAAGUCAGCGACAGCUGUAAAGCGUCCUGCAGUCAGCCCAGACCUGUUUUCCUAUUCAUUGAUGUUGGAUGAUCCAUUACAAGAGUUAGUUUUUUGUUUAGUUGACACCAACAGCAGAACAUUUGCCCUGUUUUCUUUUCCAUUUACUGUUCCAUUUUAAGUCCAAAUAAUUUUUCCGUAAAUGUGAUGUUACCUUUGAGUGCCUCAAGAGGGCAGCAAGACCUCACAUCAGAUGUACCCCCAUAACUGCCAUUGAGUCAUUGUAAUGGUAGUAAUAACAGUCAUUUAAUUUAUAUUGUGGUUUUCAUUACAAAGCUAUCAAAGGUAAUAUGUAGUUGAUUGUGUCUGUCAUUUUAGAACAUGUAUUCAGCUUUUAACAUCAAUGAACGAUGUUUAUGUAUCAGAUCUGUAUUCCAUUUUCACUCUAGGUGAUUGUGACCUUCGAUUGUGGAAUGUGGUUGUGAUUUUGACCUGCCACGUUUGUGAUCACACCCAAACUGGUCACUGGUCUCGCAUACCUUUGGUGCCCGUGGAAUUGUGGGUUGUGGGUAUGCAAUGUUUUGAGGAUAACGCAGCUGGAACAAUUCAGUUGUAAAACAUAUUUGUGGUUGAAAUUUCAAUUUCAGAUCCUACCCAAGGAAAGUGUUUUGUGGGAUGUUCUAACUGCAGGUGAGAAUCUGGCUAUGUCAAUAAUGUAACUGAGUAGCAACCUCUACUCUCAUGUCUGCUAUAUUUUGGCUAUUGUGUAACUGUGUCAACCAGUGUUUAAAUAAUCCACUGCUAUCAAGGCAGAGAUCAGAGAACCCCUCCUGUUGGCCCUAGUGACAGCUCUGUUCUAAGGUGCCGUGCAGUGGUGCUUUUGCUAUGAUUUUGAUCUGCUGUAAGUGUGCCCCAUGUUUACUCCCUGUCGUUUUUACUGGGGCGUUAAACAUAUUCUAUGUGGGAAAUGGAUUCUUGUGCUAAUCUUCCUGGAACUAGCUGGAUUCUAGUAAGAUUAGGCAGUUGUAGACUUAUUUGGCUUAAUAACCAGGAACUGUGUUGUCAGAGGCAAGUUUCCUUGCAAGAUAAUGCUCUGUAGUAGGCCAAUUAGGAAAGGGACGGGGCUCAUAACCAUGUCACCGAAGACAUCUAUUUCUUAUUUUGUCAAGACAAUUCCUGGAAGUCGUCUCUGUUUCAGCACAUCAACACUUUCUCCUGAACUGAGGUGAUGUUUGGACACACAGCAUCGUGCUAAAUAGUUACAGCGCUGAUAAUUCCCUUUUUCCUCUUGGCUUGCUGUACACGCCCAGCUCAUUAAAUCACCCUCUUUCUCAUCAGAUGCACGUACAGUAACUAUCGGCAGGCUGCAGGGAAAUGCACCCUUAUGAAUAAAAACAAUAGACUAAAUGAAAAACAUUCCUUCAUAAUGUGGUUUAACUGGUGUUUUCAUGUGAUUGUUGUCAUUUGAAUCACUGCCCUUGGCUUUACAGCUCUAUAUGAUGACUUAUUACCUCAGCACACGCAGUACCAUUGGGAAGUAUUUAGGCUCCUUCACCCCUUCACACGCUUUGAUUUUAUACAGCCAAGACAGUGCAGGAGUGGCUUUGCAAGAAGUCUGAAUCUCCUUGAGAGGCCCAGCCAAAGCCCGGGCUUGAACCCCAUUGAUAAUCUGUGGAGAAACUUGAAGAUUGCAGUUCACAGACACUCACAAUCCAAUCUGACAGAGCUUGAGAGGACUUACGGGGAGGAAUUGGUGUGCAACACUUCUAGAGUGAAGCUGUGAUCGUUGGGAUAUAAUUAAAAGGUCUGAAUACUUUCCCCGAAGGCACUGUACCUGCCGUGGUGCAAUGCCAGUACCCAUCGUCUCUGUGUGGGCACGCCAGACUGGUAUGCCUGGUCCAAAGAACAACAAUGUCUCUCAAUAUCUACUUACUGGUUAGAUCAACAUGGACUUUGCCACUGAAGGCAUCUGCCAUUUUAAUGCAGUCAACAGGGUUGGACUGACAACUUAAUUGGCUGAUCCCUUGUCAUGAUCUGGUUUUACAUGAUUCCAAACAGGCCAGCCAAUUAAGUUGAACAUCCUACCCAGUUUACUACAUUAAAAUAAUGGAUGCCUUCUAAAUGCCCUGAUAUUAUUCAGAGCCCAUUUAUCCCAUGGGGCAGAGAGUAUUAGCUUAGACACAGUUUGUCAGUUUGCCAAGAGAUGCACAUUUCAAAGGAAUCAUCUGUUACUUGACAAAGAAUGUUUUUGCGUUGCAGGAUGAAUAGGACUGAAUGUUGAAUAGUUUUUUUUUGUUUAUUGCACCAUUCUUUGUACAAUCAAGAGACUGUCUUCUGUACGUAAUACCAGGUCUGCUGUUUCUGAGAUCACGAAACCACCCUAUCUGGCACCAACAAUCAUACCACAGUCGCGUGGCUUCCACAUUUAAGUUUGUUUAAAAAACAACUUAACCUCUUGGCCAUGUCUGCAUGCUUUAUAUAUUGAGUUGCUGGAACAUAAUUUGUUAUUUGGCUAUUUGCCUUAAUGAGCAGGUGUACAUAAUAAAGUGGCUGGUGAGUGUA